AUGGCAACCAGAAGACAGCCGUCUAGGGCCGCGGGGGGCAACCCCGUUCCAAAACCGAGUCAGCAGAACCCUCCCCGAAGCCCGCCGGGGAGGGCUCGGAGUCCGGAGGGCCCUCCGCCUCCUCCUGAUCGAAUAGCACUUCUGGAGGGUCAAAGGCCAGGGCCAGAUGACGGCGAGGCGGCCGAGUCUCUUGACUUGUCGUUUGUGCAGCAACGGCAAGAAAGAAGAUUGCGGCAGUUGGAGGAGGAGAUGGCCGCCCUAAAGCCAAGGACCGGAGAGGCUCAGGGACCAAGGAUAAAUCAGCCCCUUGGCCCAGAGAUCAUGGCGGCCAUACCACCAGAACGUCUCCGUAUCCCGGCCAUUAAGCCCUACGCAGGGACCUCCGACCCGAUGGAUCACCUGGAUCUCUUUACCUCGCAUAUGAUGGUACAGGACGCCUCAAACGCGAUGUGGUGUAGAGUUUUCUUGGCCACUCUGGAGGGGCACGCACGGGCGUGGUACUCAAACCUGGCUCAUCACUCCAUCGUAAGUUUUGCGCAACUCCGGAGCAGCUUUCUGGCGCACUUUGCACCUCUCCGAAGACACCGAAGGUCCACCAUGGCCUUGGUGAGUAUGAAGCAAAACCAAGGAGAGCCCUUGAAGGAUUUCGUUUCACGAUUUAAUAUGGAAGCCCUGAGCAUUGAGAACUUUGACCACAAUGUUGCUAUGGUGGCAUUCCAGAACGCCCUGAGGCCCGGCCCUUUCGCCCAAUCAUUAGCCAAAACGCCUCCGAGCGCGUUCACGGACAUAUUGGGCCGAGCCACGAAGUACAUAAAUGCCGAGGAGGCGGGUUUCACUCCUCUGAACGCCCUGAGGGCAGAAAUCCUGGCUACUAUUGAGGGAAAAGAUUAUUUGAAAAAGCCUCGACCGAUGAAGGCACCAUCUGACAAAAGGAACAGAAGUAAAUAUUGCCGAUUCCACCGAGAUCAUGGUCAUGACACGGAGGAGUGUCACCAAUUAAAGGAGGAGAUUCAGGAACUUAUCAAUCGGGGUUUCCUGAGGAGCUACGUGGCAAAAACAGGUGAUUCUCAGGGGAGAAAGGAUCGACGGUCGCGAUCGAGAAGCCCCCCCAAGAGAGACCGCAUGGAGGAUCGAAAUCGGGCCCAGCGGGAGAGAUCACAGCGAAGAGAAGAUGAUCAUCCUCAGCCUUCGAUAUUCCACACACUCGCAGCAGGGGAGGUCCUAGUCAUGAAGGACGAAAAAAGUAAUGCGACCCGGCUGAAAAGAUUGAGGAACGUGGAUCCAAUCUCUUUUUCAGAUAGCGACCUCCCGGGGUACCCGACUCGAAAUGACCCACUGGUGAUAACAGCUGAACUCGGGAAGUGGGAACUUCGGCGGAUCCUUGUGGAUCCAGGAAGCUCUUCAGAAAUCUUGUAUCGGCAAGCCUUCUUAGGCAUGGGGUAUGAAAUGACACAGUUAAGGGCAGCGAGGGUCCCUUUGGUGGGAUUUGAUGGUGAAGCCGUAUAUUCAGAAGGGAUUAUUCAACUCCCGUUGACGGUAGGGAGAGGUUCCCGAACUUCUCGUGUUAUGCUAGAUAUCCUGGUAGCAGACGUGCCUUCGGCUUACAACAUGAUUCUGGGAAGAUCGGGUCUCAAUGCCCUUCGAGCCAUCCCAAACACACAUUAUCUCUGA